CCAUUAAACAUUACUCUUUUGUUAGGGAGAGAGAUUAUUCGGAUUGAAUCCAUGUGUGCCAAUAGAGUAAUCGUUUAUGAUGUUGAAGAAAACCCAUCUUGAUUUUCUUUCCGCUUUUAUUCAUGGGUUUUUGUACACAAACAUGCUUCCGGUUGUUGCUUCUCUCUGGGGUUUUCUCUCCAAGUUCAUUGCUUUUGUUUUUGGAUCGACACUUGGAUACUUGUUUAGGUCUUCAGUUAAUGAAUGCUUUGAUGAGUUGAAAGAAAGAAAGAGCAGUGAUCAAGGGAACAGAGAAGCAGAGAAUUCUUCUUCCAUGGCGGCAAGCUCAAGCAAGUACGAGUUUUUGUAUAGGAAUGGUUUUAGUGGAUUCAUUGAAGAACCCAAAGCUGAGAGCUUUACAGUUCAUGAGUUUUAUACGGAUCCUGGCGAUAGUUUUACUGUUGCAAAAGAUUUGGAGAAUUUUCUGGCAACAGAGGAUCUUGUUGAAGAGAAAUCAAACGAAAGUUUCAAGCUUCAAAACGUUUUGGAGGAAGAACCAGAGGAAUCUGCUCUGAGGUUCUCCUUUGACUGGGGUUUUGUUGAACAUAUCAAACAAGAACAGAAGUCGAUUGAUGCAAAGGUUGGAGUUGAGGGGGACACAGAACAUGAUAUCAUCACAACACAAGAUGUUAAAGAGACGGGAAAGGAUUAUGUUGUUGAAACGUUGUCGGAUGAACCUAAGCGCGUGAAGGUUGAAAAAGGAGACAUUUUUGAAGAAAAAGCAGAGGAAUCAGUUAAGAAUUACAUCAUGGAGGAGAGUUUAGACAAACACGGAAGUGACAUAGAAGAGAGAUUCGACAACUUUUUCGAGAGUCCGGUGAUCGACAUGUGUAUAGAAAAAUGGCAUCACGAAAGAGAGGAACCUAACAAAGAAGGGUUGAUGUUUAGCCCCACAAACACGGUUGAGGCAGAGUCAAUUACUUAUGAAAUAUCGGCAGAUAGGAACAUCUCAGAUGAUGCAGCAGCAGCGGACACGAGUGGUCCAAUCAAUGAUUCCGACGAUGAAUUCAUAGAACUGUGUGUAAUGGGAGGAGCACAGCCUGGAGAAGAUUUAAGCGUCCACGAUGAAGGUGAUUCGGAGUUCGAGUCGGAUGAAGAGGACGACGAGUUCAUGGAGCGGCUGAGAAUGGAAAUGAAAAUGGCAAGAACCGGUGGACUUCCAACUAUUCUAGAAGAGUCCGAGUCUCCAAAGAUAGUGGAACAACUGGGGCCAUUACAGAUUGAUGAAAAAUAUGAUCACAAGGACCAUAUUGCCGAGAUUCAAAAGGUUUACAAGAGUUACUGUGAUAAGAUGAAGAAACUGGACAUUCUGAAUUCCCAGACCAUGCAUGCAAUAAGUUUACUUCAACUAAAAGACCCAGCUCGAGUAAACAGUUCAUUUGGAAAAGCUUCAGCACCGGGAAUUAAGUCACUUCUGUCACAAAAUGUAUGGCUAUUGAAACAACGGAAGGCUGGAGCUGAGCCUGCGAUGAAGUUGAUUAGAGAUUUGUACAUGGAUUUUGAGACGGUCUAUGUUGGACAAGUAUGUCUUUCCUGGGAAAUACUUCACUGGCAAUAUGGAAAACUAAAAAUGUUGUCGGAAUCCGACCGCCUCGGCAUUCAUCAGUAUAACCAAGUUGCCGGGGAAUUUCAACGUUUUCAAGUGCUUGUGCAAAGAUUUCUAGAGGAUGAACCCUUUCAAAACAGGCCCAGAAUCGAGAAUUACACGAAGAACAGAUGUGCACUUCGAUAUCUUCUCCAGGUUCCAGUCAUUAAAGAUGAUGGCUCGAAAAUUAAAUCAGACGAUGCCGUGUCGAAUGAAAUGUUAAGCGAUAUCAUAGAGGAAUCGAUGCACGUUUUAUGGGAAUUCAUUCGCGCCGAAAAAGACGAUUCGAGUGUGAUCCCAAAGACUGCCCAGCAAGCACAGGUUGCUCCUCAUGACCCUAUUGACUUGGAACUUUUGAUGGAUGUCAGAGCAGAUCUUCACAAGAAGGAGAGAAGGUUUAAGGAAAUUCAGAGAAGUAAGAACUGCAUAGUAAAGAAGUUGCAGAAGCAACAACAAGGGGGAAAUCUAUUAGAUAAUGCAUUGUUCAUAGCUCAAGUUGAGCUGAAAUUGGUUUCAAGAGUAUUAAACAUGGUGAAAAUAAGCACGGAUCAGUUAGUGUGGUGUCAUGAGAGAUUACAGAGGAUUAACUUAAGAAGUAGGAAGAUAAAAAUAGAACCCUUAUUUACACUGUUCCCAUGUUAGCUUUGGUGGUGACAGACCACCAAUAUACUUGUUAUCAGUUGUGAAUAUGUUAUAUACCUCAUUUAUACUGCAAUACAAAAAAUAUUGGAAUUUUGAU